AUGGCCACCUCCAAUUUUAUGCUGCAAAGAUUUCCGUCUGCGGGUUGCACAGUUAAAGGUAUAAAAGAAUUGGAUUAUACCCAAAAAGCCAUCAGUUGGUUACUUGCGAAGGAAAAAUUUAGUAUAUCCCAAGGAGGAGAGUUUGGAGUUCAAGACACGUUAAAUAUUGUGGAUAUGAAAGCUUUUAUUUGUUUGCUGGUCCUUGGAGUUGCCAGCGUGGCUGGUAAGCCGGGUGGAGGCGGAUGGUCAUCAGGAGGAGGUGGCGGUGGUGGAGGCGGAGGAGGAUGGUCGUCAGGCGGAGGAGGUGGUGGAGGAGGGGGUUGGUCAUCUGGAGGAGGUGGAGGUGGCGGGGGGUCAAGUGGGGGAAGUGUGCAAAUAAUCAAAAUUAUCUCGGAAGAUGGUGGUGGAGGAGGAGGAGGUGGUGGAGACUGGGCAUCAGGAGGUGGAGGUGGCGGAGGAAGUGACUGGUCAUCCGGAGGAGGAGGUGGUGGUGGCGGAUGGUCUGGUGGUGGAGGAGGUGGCGGCUCAGGAGGUGGUGGUGACAUCAAGAUCGUAAAAGUAAUAACCCUUGGUGGUGGAGGCGGUGGAAGUGGAGGUGGCGGUGGUGGCUGGUCUUCCGGAGGAGGAGGAGGUGGAGGCGGAAGUGACUGGUCAUCAGGAGGUGGUGGCGGAGGGGGCGGUUGGUCAUCAGGAGGAGGUGGCGGUGGUGGUUGGUCAUCUGGAGGAGGGGGAGGCGGUGGUGGUGGUAGCUCAACAAAAAUUAUAAAAAUAAUUAAACUUGGUGGUGGAGGCGGUGGAGGAGGUAGUGGAGGUGGCGGUGGAUGGCAAUCAUCUGGCGGAGGUGGUGGAGGAGGUGGAGGAUGGCAACCUUCUGGUGGAUGGGCUUAA